UUGCUAUGUAAGCGAAAGUUUUGAUACACAAUUCUUUUUUAUCAACAACAUAUAUGGAAAUCUAUGUUAUGAUAUAUUUCAGAUGACAAAAAAAGAAGAAGAUAUGUUUAGAUGAUUUUGCUUAGUCAUUUGAGCAAACACAGAUGGACAUCAUCUCAGGGCAAGCUCUGUUUCUCCUCUUUUGCUUUAUCUCAUCAUGUUUCCUCAUCUCGACAACCGCAAGAUCCCGACGGAGUUCUGGCCGAGCCGCCACGCUGCCUCCUGGACCUCCACGAUUACCGAUUAUCGGAAACAUUCACCAAGUCGGUAAAAACCCGCACAGCUCAUUCGCUGACCUCGCAAAAAUUUAUGGACCAAUCAUGAGUCUUAAGUUUGGAUGUCUAAACUCAGUCGUCAUAACUUCACCAGAAGCUGCAAGAGAAGUACUAAGAACACACGACCAAAUCUUGUCUGGCCGUAAGUCCAAUGACUCUAUACGGUGCUUUGGUCACGAAGAAGUUUCCGUCAUCUGGCUUCCUCCGUCGUCCGCUCGUUGGAGGAUGUUGAGAAAACUGUCAGUGACUCUCAUGUUCUCACCGCAGCGUACCGAAGCCACUAAAGCUCUGCGGAUGAAGAAAGUGCAAGAGCUUGUAAGCUUCAUGAAUGAAAGCAGCGAGAGAAAAGAAGCAGUUGAUAUUUCUCGUGCAUCCUACACCACAGUUCUUAAUAUCAUAUCCAACAUUCUGUUUUCGGUUGAUCUCGGUAGCUAUGACUCGAAAAAAUCCAACGAAUUUCAGGACACGGUGAUUGGUGCCAUGGAAGCUGCUGGGAAACCAGACGCUGCUAACUACUUUCCAUUUAUGGGGUUUCUUGACCUACAAGGUAAUAGGAAGGCAAUGAGGGGUCUGACGGAGAGGUUGUUUAGGGUUUUCCGUGGGUUCAUGGAUGCUAAAAUAGCAGAAAAAUCAUUAGGGAAUUACUCUAAAGAUGUUUCCAACAGAGAUUUCUUGGAUUCGCUUCUCAUCCUCAACGAAGGAGAUGAAGCAGAGCUCGACAAUAACGAUAUUGAACACCUACUCUUGGAUAUGUUUACAGCUGGCACAGAUACAAGCUCUAGUACUCUAGAGUGGGCAAUGGCAGAGUUACUUAGAAACCCUAAAACGAUGGUAAAAGCUCAGGCAGAGAUGGAUCGUGUGUUAGGUCAAAACAGUGUUGUGCAAGAGUCAGAUAUCUCAGGAUUGCCAUAUUUACAAGCGGUUGUGAAGGAAACUUUUAGGUUACAUCCGGCUGCUCCGCUACUAGUCCCACGAAAAGCGGAAUCAGAUGUGGAGGUUCUUGGGUUCAUGGUGCCUAAAGAUACUCAGGUUCUAGUGAAUGUGUGGGCCAUAGGACGAGACCCAAGCGUAUGGGAGAAUCCGAGCCAGUUCGAGCCAGAGAGGUUUAUGGGGAAAGAUAUUGAUGUGAAAGGUAGAGAUUAUGAGCUUACACCGUUUGGAGGAGGACGGAGAAUAUGUCCGGGAUUGCCUUUGGCUGUGAAAACAGUGUCUCUUAUGCUUGCUUCUCUUCUUUAUUCCUUUGACUGGAAGCUUCCUAACGGUGUCGUUUCAGAGGACUUGGAUAUGGACGAGACCUUUGGUAUCACAUUACACAGGACCAACACGUUAUAUGCCAUUCCCGUAAAGAAACAGACCAUUAAUUAGCCAUUGUAAUACUUUCCUCUGUUU